UCAUAAGCAAGUAAAGGUUUUACUUUUUUGUUUACAGAGAAUGUAAAUCCACCGGAGAAGAAGUCAAUUCCCUCCGAUUAUUUCCCUUCCCUCUUUCUUGGAGUAUACAGAGAGAACCUUUUAGUGUGUUUUUUCUACACGGUGAAGGCCUUAAGCGUGUAGUGCGUUGGGGCGCUCCCUCUUCCUUGUUCGGCUUCAGGAACUUCACCAUCUUCUCUAGGAUUGGCUUAAUAAACUUGGAAACCGAGGACUUUGUGAAACAACUAGCGGAAAAAAAAUUCAAACUAAAUUUCAGGAAGCGUACAAAGAGUGAUACUUCUGUUCAUAACAUCAAUUGGUCAGCACAUCUUGUUUGUCAUCUCUUCUUGUUAAGUAUAAUCAUAGAGAGAGAUGGAUCACUACAAUUCUCCUGGAGGUAGUUGGACAAUGAUCCCAACCCACAAUUCCAAUAUCCAAUCCCAAUCACAAUCCAAUCAGGACCCUAAUCUCUUUAUUCAACAACAACAGUUUCUCCAGCCGCAAUCUUUUCAGCAAGCACUACCACCCCAAUCUCAAUUUCAACAGCACCAGCACCUUUAUCAACAGCAGCAGCAGCGUCUUUUACAGCAACAACAACAGCAACAGCAGCCUCAGCCGCAGCCGCAGCAGAACCUUCACCAGUCACUGUCCUCUCACUACCAACUCUUACACUUGGUGGAGAAUUUGUCUGAGGUUAUUGAACAUGGAAAUCCGGAUCAACAGUCAGAUGCAUUGAUCAAUGAGUUGAGCAACCAUUUUGAGAAGUGUCAACAGCUUUUGAACUCAAUCUCAGGCUCUAUUAGCUCCAAGGCUAUGACUGUUGAGGGACAGAAGAAGAAGCUAGAGGAAAGUGAGCAGUUGCUAAAUCAGAGAAGAGAUUUGAUUGCCAAUUAUAGAAAAUCUGUGGAGGAGCUUGUUAGGUCUGAGCCAUAAGACUGGCAUGUAUUCAGAUGGUUUGCUGUGGAUGUGUGCUAUAAAUUUCUCGGUUCUUGCAGAACGUUUAGGGACAAUUUUGUUCAACUACUUUGGAGAUUUAAGCCUAUGCCGUGAAUUUAUAAUUCAAUAGAUGUUCUGUAAGUUACUUGUCGAUGUUUUGGCUCCUAGAUGUAGGGUGUUAAUAUCCAUGAAACAAGGACAAAGUAGGGUAGGGUAAUCAACUGCAAAUUUUUAGAGAGGCAGGGCAUUAUUAUAUUAAGAGCAAACUGGUAUUUUUGAUGAAUAUGAUGUAACUGAUAGAUGGUAUAACAAUGGUUAGCCCCCUGCGUUGUAUUUGAGCCAUUUUUCUAUAAUGCUGGAUUACCGACUGCACAUUUUGAGUCAAAUUUCUGUUUA